AUGAUCAACUACAGAAAUAAUCAUGAUCACCACACCGACGAGGACGAUCUCAACAUUGACCCCAGCGAAUUGUCGUAUUCCUUGGAGAUUGUACAACAGCCUCAGCGUGCUCGAAUGUGCGGCUUUGGUGAUAAGGAUCGUCGCAAUAUUACUCCUGCUCCCGUCCUCAAACUGAUAGCCAUAACAAAAGAAGGCAGGAUCGUCACUGGAGAUGCACUUUGCCGACAGGCUUUCAUGGUCAAUGCUGACCUUUGGCUGGAAGAUGAAGUCACUGAGCGCAACCUGGUGCUGAUCUCCUCAAUCGCUUCCACAAAGUCACCGACACGAGCCUUCACAUACAUGUCUGAGCCUCAUGCCUCAGCAGACCACGGAGACCACGGAGGCGAGCUAGGAUACGUGACGGAUCCAACGCCGAUUCAAUUUGCUCCUCCACGUACCUCAGUCAUCACAUUUCCCUACCAUAACCAAAACCAUGGAUCAUGGGCUCAACGAGAACACAAUUCGCAACAAUACCCAAUCAAAAUUGAACCAGACCAACAGGCCGAAAGAGGUGGACGCCGGUAUGACGGGAAUGGAAGGGGACCCAUUGACGAAUACGAAUUUUAUCACUACGGAGAGCCGUCUGACUGGGAGAAUUUGUCGACUCCUAAUCUUGUCGGCCAAACUACCGUGGGAGGACAGUCAGCUCCCGAUCUGGACGGAAGAACGACUCACAUUUGGUUCGCAUUCAACAUGCUCUCAAUUCGGACGGAGGGCGUGUUCAAGCUACGAUUCACCCUUUGCGAUGUGAUGCAAAUGAAAGGGACGACAACAGAGAUACUCUACCAAGUGUUCUCAGAUCCAAUUCAUGUGCAAUCUCCUAAAAAGUUCCUCGGUGCUUGUGACAACAAUGACCUUGCGAACCAUCUCAACAAGUACUCGAUUAGAAUCCCUUCGAGGAAAGAUGAGAAGCCAUCCAAGGAAUAA